CGUAAAUCCCACCUUUUGUCCAUGUUUCAAUAAUUCGAAAUUUCUAGUAUUCUGUCUGGUGCAAUGCCAAAUAAUCUCCAUGCGGCCGUUUUUUAAUAGACCUUCCUGGGCAAGCAGAGGCGAAGAGCCGUCUUCAGACUUUUAUCGUCGUGGAGACCAAACCUACAAGGACAUUAUUGCCGCCAGUAGAGAUGCCCGGAAGAGACUGGAAAAUGGAGUUGACAUCUCAACAGACAGUAAGCUAGGACCAGAGCAACAUGUUUCCCGGGGAAGCGUACCCCAAACGUGCCAUGACCAGAUAACAUGUGGUGAAAGAAACCUUCACGAAUGCUCCUCUAGACCUCGCAAUCAGGUCGAACCCCACCAGCGCCAGCGCACCAAGUCUCUUGUGUCCGAGGACUCAUGGUCUUCUUCUCCCAGUCGCAGUCGGGUUUCGGGUGUCCGAGCCACAAAUUCGAGGCAUACAACAGAGUGCCCGAAGAGCGAACAUGAGCCAUCUCGGGAGCCACAUCAUGAACGGGGUAGUGCAGUUCCUGGCGAGAAUUUUCCCGAAUCACGAAAGGAUAAUGCAGCCGAUGAUGUCGUCCAAAUUCUUAUUACUUCGCAGAUUGAGAAUACACAGCCACUUAUCGUCUAUCGCAGAAUGACACAACCACUCCGAGACGUUCGCUUGGCUUGGUGUCAUCGUCACAAAUUCUUGGAAGAUACGCAACCCUCCAUAUUUUUGACAUGGAAGGGUAGGCGGCUUUUUGAUGUAACAACUUGCAGAAGUUUGGGAAUCAAACCGUCGAGUGAUACUCUCUUUUCGCAUACUUCCGAUUCUGGCGAGAAAUCCGUUCAUAUCCACAUGGAAGCUGUCACGAGCUGCCCCAACAGUUUCAAUAGUCGACAGUUCUCGCCGAUCAAUGAACGUGGGUUGGAUCAGUCUGUGUUGAAUAUUGAAGAGACGAGCGAGAGGGACCAAAACCUAUCUAUUAGAGUCGUUCUCAAGUGCCCUGGUCAUGAUGAGUUUACAACAAGAACUCCUCCCAAAGCGCCUAUCUUCCAAAUCAUCACUGCUUUCCGUAAGGCAAAUAAGAUCGCACUGGAAAAAGAGAUCUAUUUAGUAUUUGAUGGUGAUCGCUUGGAUCCUGGAUCCUGCCUAGCAGACUAUCAAAUCACAGAUGACGAUCUCGUGGAUGUUAUGACUAAAUAAGCCUUGAGAAGAUAAUAAUUCCAAAGAUAGUUUGAAAUUGAUGUUAUUUUCGAACA